UCUAUUAGACCAAACAAAACAAUUAAACCCUAGAAAUCGAUUUUAUCCCAGAAACCAGUUCGUCUUCUUCGAUUCUCAUUGUGAUUGCUUUCGAUUUCCGCAAUGGAGAAAGAAGAGCUUAACAAAUUGAAUCACCUCUCUCUCGUAUCCAAUGUCUGCAACGAGUUAGAAACGCAUCUAGGAUCUGCGGAGAAAGUUUUGGCAGAAUUCAUCAUCGAUCUCGGUCGUCACUCCGAUACUGUAGAUGAAUUCGAUAAGAAGGUCAAGGAGCAAGGUGCGGAGAUGCCUGAUUACUUCGUCCGGUCGUUGUUAACUGUAAUCCACGCGAUUUAUCCUCCGAAGCCUAAGUCUGAGAAGAAGAGAGAGGAAGGUGAGGAUGUUAAAUUCAAAGGUUUGGCGAUUAAGGAUACUAAGGAUAAAGUCAAGGAGCUUGAGAAGGAGAUUGAAAGAGAAGCUGAGGAGCGACGGAGAGCGGAGGAUGGGAAUAGGGAUAGAGAGAGGGGUCGGGAUCGGAGGGAUUCGGGUAGGGAUAGGGAUAGGGAUAGAGAUAGAGGUAGAGAUAGGAAUCGUGAUGAUAGAAGGGAUCGACAUAGGGAUGAUAGAGAGAGACACCGUGGAGAUGAGGAAGGUGAAGAUGAUAGAAGAAGUGAUAGGAGGCAUAGAGAUAGAGGUCGUGGCGAUGAGGAAGGGGAAGAUAGGCGUAGAGAUAGGCGUGCUAAGGAUGAGUAUGUGGAGGAAGAUAGAGGCGGUGCGAUUGCGAAUGAGCCUGAGUUGUAUCAGGUAUACAAAGGGAGGGUUACUAGGGUUAUGGAUGCUGGUUGUUUUGUUCAGUUUGAUAAAUUUAGGGGAAAGGAAGGUCUUGUUCAUGUUUCUCAGAUGGCUACUAGAAGGGUUGAGAAGCCUAAGGAGUUUGUGAAGCGGGAUAUGGAGGUUUAUGUGAAAGUGAUAUCUAAUUCGAAUGAUAAGUUAAGUCUUUCUAUGAGAGAUGUUGAUCAGAAUACGGGUAGAGAUUUGAUUCCUCUGAGGAAGCCUUCAGAUGAGGAUGAUUCGUCCAGGAGUAAUCCUUCGUAUAGGACAAAGGAUGGACAAGUAACUAAGACUGGGAUUUCGGGAAUCAGGAUUGUAGAGGAGAAUGAUGUUGCACCUUCACGUAGGCCAUUGAAGAAGAUGAGCUCUCCUGAGAGAUGGGAAGCGAAACAGUUGAUUGCCUCUGGUGUCUUGAGAGUUGAUGAGUUUCCAAUGUAUGAUGAGGAUGGAGAUGGGAUGCUUUAUCAAGAGGAAGGUGCUGAAGAAGAACUUGAGAUUGAGAUGAAUGAAGACGAACCUGCUUUCUUACAAGGGCAAACUAGGUACUCUGUUGACAUGUCUCCGGUUAAGAUCUUCAAAAAUCCAGAAGGUUCCUUGAGUCGCGCAGCUGCACUUCAGUCCGCCCUCACCAAGGAGAGGAGAGAAAUGAGGGAACAGCAGCAAAGAACAAUGCUUGACUCAAUCCCAAAGGAUCUGAAUCGUCCAUGGGAAGACCCUAUGCCUGAAACUGGUGAAAGGCAUCUUGCUCAAGAGCUUAGAGGUGUUGGGUUAUCAGCUUAUGACAUGCCUGAGUGGAAGAAGGAUGCCUUUGGAAAAACUCCUACUUUUGGACAGAGAUCGAAGCUUUCUAUUCAGGAACAAAGGGAGAGCCUUCCAAUAUACAAGUUGAAAAAAGAACUUAUACAGGCUGUGCAUGAUAAUCAAGUUUUGGUGGUCAUUGGUGAGACUGGGUCUGGAAAGACAACACAGGUAACUCAAUAUCUUGCCGAAUCAGGUUACACAACAAGGGGAAAGAUCGGGUGUACUCAGCCUCGUAGGGUUGCUGCGAUGUCUGUUGCCAAGAGAGUAGCUGAGGAGUUUGGUUGUCGUUUAGGAGAGGAGGUAGGGUAUGCGAUUCGGUUUGAGGAUUGUACUGGACCAGAUACAGUGAUCAAGUACAUGACUGAUGGUAUGCUUCUUAGGGAGAUUCUGAUAGAUGAAAACCUCUCUCAAUACUCUGUAAUCAUGCUUGAUGAAGCUCACGAGCGGACAAUCCACACUGAUGUGCUGUUUGGUCUUCUAAAGAAGCUGAUGAAACGUCGACUUGAUCUUCGUCUGAUUGUCACGUCUGCCACAUUGGAUGCAGAGAAGUUCUCUGGGUAUUUCUUCAACUGCAACAUCUUUACCAUUCCUGGAAGAACCUUUCCUGUUGAGAUACUGUAUACCAAACAGCCAGAAACAGAUUACUUGGAUGCAGCUCUGAUCACAGUCCUUCAGAUUCACUUAACUGAACCUGAGGGUGACAUUCUCGUCUUCUUGACUGGACAGGAAGAAAUCGAUUCUGCAUGCCAAUCUCUAUACGAGAGAAUGAAAGGUCUAGGUAAAAAUGUUCCUGAACUCAUCAUACUUCCAGUUUACAGUGCCCUUCCUAGUGAAAUGCAAUCUAGAAUAUUUGAUCCUCCACCUCCUGGUAAACGGAAAGUGGUUGUAGCUACAAAUAUUGCAGAAGCUUCUUUAACAAUAGAUGGUAUAUACUAUGUUGUUGAUCCUGGGUUUGCAAAGCAGAACGUGUACAAUCCAAAGCAAGGGCUAGAAUCGCUAGUCAUUACUCCAAUCUCACAGGCAUCGGCCAAGCAAAGAGCUGGACGUGCUGGUCGUACUGGGCCCGGGAAAUGUUACCGUCUCUACACGGAAAGCGCAUAUCGUAAUGAGAUGCCUCCUACAUCAAUCCCUGAAAUUCAAAGAAUUAAUCUUGGAAUGACAACCCUGACCAUGAAAGCCAUGGGUAUUAAUGACCUGCUAUCGUUUGACUUCAUGGAUCCACCUCAACCACAAGCAUUGAUCUCUGCAAUGGAACAGUUGUACAGCCUGGGAGCUUUGGAUGAAGAAGGUUUGUUGACGAAGCUUGGUAGAAAAAUGGCAGAGUUUCCUCUUGAACCGCCGCUUUCUAAAAUGUUGCUAGCAAGUGUGGAUCUCGGGUGCAGCGAUGAGAUUUUAACGAUGAUUGCUAUGAUCCAGACGGGCAACAUAUUUUAUAGACCGAGGGAGAAGCAAGCUCAGGCAGACCAAAAACGGGCAAAGUUUUUCCAGCCCGAGGGUGAUCACCUGACAUUACUGGCUGUAUAUGAGGCGUGGAAGGCCAAAAACUUCUCAGGUCCAUGGUGUUUUGAAAAUUUCAUUCAGUCAAGAUCGUUACGACGUGCUCAAGAUGUGAGGAAACAACUUCUCAGCAUUAUGGACAAAUAUAAACUAGAUGUGGUGAGUGCGGGGAAGAAUUUCACGAAGAUAAGGAAAGCAAUCACGGCAGGAUUCUUCUUCCAUGGAGCAAGGAAAGAUCCACAGGAAGGUUACAGGACACUAGUGGAGAAUCAACCGGUGUAUAUACACCCGAGCAGCGCGCUGUUCCAGAGACAACCAGACUGGGUUAUAUAUCAUGAUCUUGUGAUGACGACCAAAGAGUACAUGAGGGAAGUAACUGUGAUUGACCCAAAGUGGCUUGUUGAGUUAGCUCCAAGGUUUUUCAAAGUCUCUGACCCAACGAAAAUGAGCAAGCGCAAGCGCCAAGAACGCAUUGAGCCUUUGUAUGACCGGUACCACGAGCCUAACUCAUGGCGUCUCAGCAAAAGACGUGCUUGAGAGUCUUUUCCUUUUUUUGGUAAACCUAUUCUUCUUCCUUACGUUUAUUUUGUCAUCUUCAAAUGUACUCUUGUUUAUGUAUUGAAAGCUAAAAAAGCUAACAGAAGUGAUGGAUGAGCUACAUAGAUUAUAGCUGCAUCAUCGUUUUUUGUAGACAUGUAUGAAAAUUCAUCUUUCCUUGUGCUUAGUCCAAAGUGUUUGUUAA